GAUACUUCUACCGCAGCUCCUGUCAGCAGCAGAACUUCUUUCAUGCAGCUUAAGCAAGGGCCUUUUGUCCAAAACGAACAGCAGAGACUUACUCCGGAGAUGAACAAGGAGAGGAGGAAGACAAUUAUUGGUUCGACAUCUAUCUCGUCACGUAUGUGGAUGGCAAGUCUUUUCAUCCUGCUCUUCACUGGAAGGUUGAUGGAUGUGAAUUCCGAGCCAGAUAGCAGGGAGCGGUCAACUUUGGAAGGACUCAAAGAGCGGAAGCUCAAUGCAGAGUACGGCGUGCUGAACGUUACUGACCGAAUCCUUCUCAGAGUUCUUGGGGAUGUGCUUGUGUCUACAACCAAUAGGUCUGCUGACACUAAGUAUUGCAUCACAGCCGUUGAUCUCUCUCCGGAUAUGAAAACAGUCUACUAUGUGGAAAACGCUGCAACAAUGACCAACACAUCAGAUUCCUCUAACAAGACAGUAGCAGUUUGGAAGGCAGAAUGGGUGGAGGCUCUUCAAUCCUACACUUCUUCCCAUUUGGCUGGGGGCUGGCCAGUACCUAAUAAAGACCCUACUAAGCCUCUAGAAGACUCAGAUGUGUCAGGCCUUUUGGUGCUUGAUGGUGGUUAUCUACUGGUUUCGCAAAAGCACAAUGAUCGGAUCGAGAAGUUGGAAGUCACAACGGGGAAGAGCGUGGACAAAUGGGCCCUGGAUGCGCCCUUAGGCCUGGCAAAGCACCCAGCCCAGGAUGCCUUCUUUGCAUCCUCAGGUGAUCGCAUCAACAAAAUAUCUUUGACAGUGCCAUCAUUCUGGGUUAGGAUAGAUGUUGUCGCAGGUCCCGAAACCAACAUAUCAAAGACGGGCUACGUGGACAGUGACGUUUCAACAGAGGUCAGAUUUAGUGAUCCACUGAUCGGACCUCAAUCUAUUUCUCUUGACAGCAGAAAUUUGUAUGUUCUUGAUUUUUGGAGCAAUGUAGUGCGGCGUGUGAGUAUUACCUCAAGGGCUACCAAAACAAUUGCCGGAGGCAUGUAUACCAUGUUUGGCCUGGAAGGGGGAUUCAAUAGAUCAAGUCAGUGUAUUGUGACUGGGAAUGGUUGCAACCUGUUUGUCACCGGCCGUGGAAGACUCCAUUGGCUGCCUCUUGACGACCCAGACGGCAACGUAUUGAGCAUCAAGAUAGUUGCAGAACUGGUGCAGUCUGAUGGUUCCAGUGGAAGCCUCAUGGCUAUGGCCCUCACCACAGAUGAUCGUUACUUGUUUGUUGGGACAGGGGAUGGCCGAAUUAUGAAACUGGAGAUGAAUGUCUCUGCCUUGCACCAGUGUGGCUUGCCGCCUCUGCCUCCUGUUGAUUCCAGGAAGAAACCAACCGGUACGAAUAUGUCACGAGUCAUGAUCUUUGUGGGCGUGGCACUGGGGUGUGCCAUUGUACUCUUGGGUGCAGGCGUAUGUGCAAUGCAUGCCAUCCGCGGGUUCAAACACGUUGGAAACAGCGUCAUUCCGCCACCCGAUACAAAAAUCACAGAGUCCUCGACAAGGAGCGGGACCGGGACCGGUAUCUCUGCGAGCCUUCCAUCGAGUUUCGAUCCACUUCGCCCAACAGUCGUCCAGGAGAUCCCACUCUCUGUUAUACAAAUGGCCAUCAGAAAUGGUGUUUGCCUGGAUGGGAAGAGUGGUGCUUACGGUGACGUGUACAGAGCAUCGUUGAUGGUGGGCCAGAAAAUGGUGGAUGUGGCCAUCAAGGUCAUGAAAGGCGAGUUCAACGAGAUGAAGCACAAGCAAUUCCGCGCGGAGGUGAACACACUGAGCAGUGUGCGGCACAGGCAUCUGUGCAAGCUGCUCGGUUUCUGCACCGAAGAGAAGAAGUUCAUCCUCGUGUACCCAUUCAUCGCAGGGGGUUCACUGUUUUACGAUCGACUGCACAAGUGCAAAUCCACAACGGGGAACGUGUCGGAAGAAUGUGAGACCAUGGAUUUGAUCGGCAGCUGUAAUUUGCCGUUGACAUGGACAGAAAGAAUGUCGAUCGCAAGACAGAUAGCAACCUGCUUACGUUACCUGCAUCAUGAGGUGGACCACCCGAUUCUUCAUCGUGAUGUGAAAAGCCGCAACGUGCUUGUUGAAGGGGAGGGGAAAGUACUGCGCGCAUACUUGGCUGACUUUGGGCUAGCGAGGCCAGGGAGUUGUGGCCAUUCCGACGGAACCCCUUCUUCGGGUCAAACGACUGUGCCGACGUUGACUAGGUCAGGCACUCCAGGUUACAUGCCACCGGAAUACGUUUAUGAGUCAAAACUGACGAUGUCGAGCGAUGUCUUUGCGUUUGGGGUUGUGCUUCUGGAGCUUGUCACUGGAAUGCGCGCAGUUAUGAAGAUGAAUGAAGCCGAUUCCAUACCCCUCUACUUGCUGGCCAGGCAGAGGGAACUCGCCUUGCGUUGCACAGAGGACUUUCCAUCUCAAAGGCCUGACAUGGGUCAGGUAGUGCAGGAGAUUGACACAAUCAAGCGAACAAAUUGUGCAUCAGGGGGGCUAAAAGCUCUCUCGGGGCACACCUUUUUGCAUCCCCUUGAUGGGCCUUCUCCUAGGUGAUUUUUGGGAGGUGAUAGUGGUUGUUGUUGCUUUUCCUCCGUUAGCACAUGCUGGGAUGGGUCUUCUACUCAGUGAUUCAUAGAGCUGC